CCUUCCAUCCGAAUGACCUCGUCAGUGACACAGGACUACUGCACAGCUGGUAGAAAACGCACAUCACAGUGCUUUCCCGAAUCGCUGGUUGCCCAAACAGUGGCCGAGCGACGAGCUCGAGCAGAAGCUCUGGAUGCCGAGCGACGACGGAAGCAUCAGGCAAAGUUGGAGGCGUCUGAAGCCGCACUGCAAGCAGCCUGUCAACGAGCGCGGAGUCUGAGGGCGGCGAGAAGUGCUGAACUGCGCAGUAAAGAGGAGGAGAAGAGAGCAAGGCAUCGAGAGGAGUUUCUAAACCGUCGAAUAAUGAGAACGACAAACUCUCAAUCUCAAGAGCAUCCAUCUCAACACGCCUCGUCAAGAGUUUCAAUCUGUGGAUUCUCCUCCGAUUUGGACCCUUCCGAUCCUCGUUACUGUCCAUUCGGUUUCGGAAGCUCAAGUCGUCGAGAUGUCUGCUUGUCCACAAAGCAACAAUUGAUCGCUCAAAAGCCGCCUCAGUCAAUAAAUAGGCUCUCCAACUCAAUGACAUCAAAUUCUCUGUCAAGAUUGAAUAAAACUUCAACCGACAUGAUAUCCUCAACGAAUACUGUUGAUAGAGGUCAAAGAGCUAAUUUAACUACUCCUCGAUCCCUGAAAGAGAGGAAUAGAGGGUUUGUAAAUUCGAGAGCAAACUCUGUUUCCAAAGCCUCCAACCAAAGUACAUUUGACAGAAGCAACACCAAAAAGGUACCCACAUAUCCCACGUCUAAUGGAAACAAUAUCAAAGUAUCAAAAGAAGUAACCAAGGCGUCUCGUUCUGCCAAGGCCACGCAGCCGGCUAGAGAAGUGGUAGCUACUACGUGUUGCCAAGGUAUUCCCCCAAGACCUGAUUCGCGUGGAAGGCCACAGAGUGUUAGAAGUGUGAAAAAUACAGCUUCCAGGCCUCAUUUGUCCCCGUCAAGCCUUGAUCGGAAGCUCGGUGGAAGGGGAAAUGGCACUCCCACUGUCACACCCAGAUGCCCUCCAAUUAGUGUGAGCGCCGGAUGUGAACCAAGUGAGGCGGAUGCCCAGGCCUAUCGUGAGAGGAUCAAGGAACAGCGCAGAAUCGCUCGAGAGCGAAAGAGACGUGAAGAGGAGGAAACCGUCAAACGGUAA